AUGGCACGAAUCGAACUACCACCACGUCCUAAAUUCGUACGGGGAGACCUCAUUGCCCGGAUAGCGCCCGCUGUAACAUCAUUCCUAGCUCCAAAGCAAAGGACAUCCUCCAAGAGACCUCACAAACGCAGAAAGGGUAAGACUUUGAUUACAAGGGCAGUUGACAAACUCGCUGCCGUUCUCAAAAAGCCACAGUCUACAAAUCUUGAGAAGGCCGAGGCAUGUUGCAAAGUCACGCAUGCAAAGAGGAAAGCGUACGAACAGGAAGAAGAGGGCAGAGGAAAAUGUGAAGCCGCUGCUGCAAGGAAACUCGAGGCUCGACUUGGCAAGACCUUUCAUGAGGACAAAAUGAAUGAGUACCUUGUCGCAGCGGGAGAAGAACAUAAUGGGGCGUCUGAAAUCUACUGUGGAGUUCCUAACCAUCCAGAUUUUUUUCAGACGCAAUAUUUUAAGAUAGAGGAAUACUGGAAUGAAUACCCUGCAGGCUGGGUGGGUGCAUAUAUUGUUUACAAGUAUGAUAUGCCAGGUGAUCCUAUCAGAUUUGCGUUGUAA